UUAUUUACAUCGACGACGAUCGCACUUCGAGCAGCAGGUUUUAGAAGUUCAGUUUAGUUCAGGAGUGAGUCAUUCUCCUGCAGGUACUGGAAGUGUCUGGAAGUGCACAUCUGUGUGGUCGCACCCAAGAAAACUUCAAUUUCUGCCCGAUCAUCGUUCUGUCAGCUGAGGAAAGAGAGCAAGCAAGAGCCCUUCGGAGUUGUGAAAUUUGGCCCAAAUAAAAACAGCUUGCUUGGCCACGGGGAAAUCAGUCCCAAAUUGUGAGCCGACCAGGAAGAACGCCAAACCGUUUGUGAAAAGUGUGUAAAAGUGAAAAAGUUUGAAAAUUUCUAAAUAAAAGUGUUUGAACAACUAAAACGGAGAAGCAAAACAAAAUGGUGUUUCCAGACGCGUUGAAAAUUACGAUUCUUCGUGAAAAUGGCGAGCAGGAAAACUUCCUGAUGUCCGUCAAUCGGCACCGGGAGGUUUGCCACAGCUUCGACAACCUCCGGAACGAGAUUGUGGCCCGGCACCCGGAGCUGCUCCAGCUGGACGAGGUCAAGUUCUUUUGGAUUGACGACGAAAAGGACGAAAUCACCAUCCAGAACCAUGCCGACUACUUCGACUACAUGGACUCGAACCUCGGCGCGACGGCCUCCCAGAAGCGCCGUAUCUACGUCAAGGGCGUCCGCAAGCCGGCCAAGCCGGCCCAAGAAUCCCAAGAGGAGGCCUCUUCGGCAGAAGAACCGGCCGCCGUCCCGCUCCGGGUGGGCUUCGUCGACGCCACCGACACCGUCGUCCAGCCGGACAUGCCGAUCCACACGAACAUCGUGUGCGACGUGUGCGACGAGACGAUCCGGGGCCACCGGUACAAGUGUCUGCAGUGCUUCAACUACGACCUGUGCAUGCGGUGCGAGGCCAAGUUCCGCCACAAGGACCACCUGGCGGUGCGCAUUCCGACGCCGGAGCAGGGCCAACGGUCCGGCUUUCGGCUGUUUGAGCGGCUACGCAACUACGCGGCCGACUUUGGAGCGGGCCAGUCGCAGUCGCAGUCCGCGGCGGAGGGCACCAGUGGUGGCGGUGGGGCGAAUGAUUACGAAAACUCGAAGCGCACCAAGCGGCAUCACUGCAGACACGGCAAAGACCGCGAGGAGUCCAAGGAGCGCCGCGAGGAGAAGGAACGCAAGGAGCGCAAGCAUCGGCGCGGCCGUUCGUUCAAGGACGUGCACGAAGAGUACGUGCGUCACGCCCCGGGCACCGGUUCUGCCGGGUGCCACUGGCGCCGCUCCGGCGGACUUGGCCCGCAGAUUACCCAGCUGUUGAACAAGGUCAUCGAUCCGGCCAACAUCGAGGCGGCGUUCCUGUCGGCUGAUGCCGCCGCGGCAGCUGCUGCGGCCGCCGCCGAGUCCGCAUCGGAAGCGGCACGCGCCAGCAUGGCCAACUGCCCGCUGUUUGCGGCCGCUUCGGCUACGGCCACGUCGUCAGCAACGGCGGCCGACGUUGAAAUGAGCGCUCCAGAAGCGACUCCGGCCACGGCUUCGACAAGCGAGGAACCACAAGCGAGACAGGCCGCUCCCAGCGCCGAUCAGGAGAACGUAGUCCCCGCCGUACCGAUUCCCGAUCUGUCCUGGCUCGCCCCGACCGCAGAGCGCAUCAACAAGAUCAACCAGACCUUCUCGCGGAUCCUGGACCCGUUGGGCAUGAACAUUGAGAUUCGCUCGAACGGCUCGACGCCGAAGCAAACUCAAACUCCAACGGAGGAAAAGCAGGACAAAACCACGGAAACGGCCAGCACGCCGACCACGAGCACGCCCAGCCAGACCACGCCGGCCGCCGCCACAAGCUCCAAGUCAACGGAAAUGGACCCGGUCGUUGCGUUGGAGAAGCAACUCGGAGCCGCUCUGCUGGCCGACCCGCUCGUGAAGAACGACAAGAACCUGGAGAAGAAGCUGAAGGCCGCACUUGCCGACACAGACGAGGAGGACGGAACGUCCUCCGUUAGCAGCGUCUCACUGCUCAGUGACAACGAGGAAGCAUCCGAGAACACCGAACGCCGCUGGACCCUAGUGGACAUCCCGGACAAGGACGGCGACCAACCCCUGGUCCAGCCCUCAACUUCGUCCAAACAAACAACCCCGGCCACCCCGCCCUCGGUCCCAGAAGUCCCCUCCGCAUCAUCAGCCCGCAACGUCCCCGUCAAACCGAUCGACUACGAGCAGCUUGGAAUCGCCCUGAAGCAGCACCUGGAGGCGGAGAAGCAAGCCGCAAAGCCAUCGUCGUCUUCAACCUCGCCACCAGCCUCAAAGGAGGCCUCCCCGUCGCCGAAGGCGGCAAUCCCGCUGCCGGCACCCCAGCCAGCAGUCGUGGUCCCACCGGUUGCCGCUCCCACGAGUACCUUCUCGCACCGACCCCACGUGAACCACGCCGUGCACGCGAUGAUGGCGAUGGGCUUCAGCAACGAAGGAGGAUGGCUCACCCAGCUGCUCGAUUCGGUCAACGGGGACAUCCCCCGUGCGCUGGAUCUGCUGACGCCGCACCAGAUUAACCCUUGAAAGUGCUUUUGAACGAUUAACAUCACAGUUUGUUUUUAAACACACCAUUUGACUUUAACUACUGAUCUAUAACUAUACUACUAACCACAGCUCAUGAGCAAUAUUUUACAAUUAUUCAGUAGU